AGCAUAAAAUAUCCAGAAAUAGUUUCUUUUGUGUUCAGCAUAAGAAAGAAAUCCAAACAGGUUUAUACCAACUUUCAGGUAGGCUAUAAAAAUAAAUGAACUCAAACAACAGAAGUCUACGGAAAUUCCCCGGCAGGUUAAAGCGGCGCGUGCGCGCAUGAGCCGCAGACUGACUUGACUCUGGGCUCCUCAGGAAAGAAAGUGUGUCCCUCAGAUCAGGAAGUAGAAAUCUGUGGUGUGAUCCGCGAGCGUCCGCCAAACUCAUCCAAACCAAAAGCAUCAGAGGCGCCCCGCUUUAGUCCGCGGUUUACACUACAGGACAUAUCACAUAUUCAACAUGUGACAAACGAAUGGAUGGAUGUCACGCAAUCUGUUCCUGAAGGGGCAUUUUAUGUAUCUUCGGUCCAUGAAGAUGUCUUGCGAAUGACACUGCAGCUUUCAGCCUGAAAUAUGUCGUCGUACUGGUACGUCAAAGAGACUGCAGAUCCGGGCGGCAGUGCCAGCAGCAUGGAGGAGCAAGCUGGCGUUCCAGAGAUGGGAGCCAAGCAGUCGGCAGUUGGCAGCAAUCCCUUGAGUCAUUCUCCCACGCUGAAGAACAUCCAAGAGGCCUAUACACAAGCCGAGGACCAGAGGGCUCGCGAGCUAAUCCGGCUUUCCUGCGAGAAUAACGGCGGAGGGGGACCGGAUGGGCUGCAGCUGCUGUGUUUGGCAGCUCAGAACGGUGACGUGGACGGCGUUCGGUUCUUGCUGCAGGAAGCACGAGUUACGGUUCCACAGGAUCCCAGCGAAGAAAACCCUGCCGUCCUAGCAGCACAUCACGGACAUCAUGUGCUGGUCCGAGAGCUGCUGGACUCCAUACCACGUCCGUGUGUCCGUAAGGAUCUGCUGAACUGGAUGUUGUCUACGGCGUGUCAGCAGGGUCAUCUGGAGGUGGUGAAGCUGCUGGUUCACACGUACAAUGCUGACGCCGAGGACUGCGCGGUUCAUUCAGGAGAGUUUGCUAUCAUCACUGGCUUGCCCCUGUACGCCGCCGCGCAGGCAGGAAAUAAGGAGAUCGGGUGUUUUCUGCUGAACAAUGGAGCCGGUUUCUCCUCGUACACGCUGAUGGAUCACACAGACUUCAGCAGGCAGAUGCUCAGACAGCGCCACCUGCAGGACAAAGACGCGCCUGCGGACGGGACGCUGCUGCAGGCUGUGCACGUUGACUGGUCGGGACUGCAGCUGCCCUGGUUGGAUCUGGACUGGUUCAUGGACGUGUCGUCUCGGAUCACGGUUCUGGAUCUGUCUCGUAACUGUCUGAGCUCACUGCCGUCUGUGGUGCCCUGGGGUCUGAUUCAUCUGCGCUCGCUCAACCUGUGCCACAAUCAGCUUCGAGAGCUGCCCACCCCGACCUCAUCGCAGGAGAUCAUCUGCAGCCGAUUAUGGCAUGUGAAUGUCUCUGAGAAUGAGCUGGAGUGUCUUCCUCUCGGUCUGCUUCAUCUCGGCCAGUUGAAGAGGAUUUCUGCAGCCAGAAACAAACUCAUCAGCCUCUUCAACAUCCCCAAUGGCACGAACUGGAUCGGCCUGCGUAAGCUGCAAGAGCUGGAUGUGUCCGACAACGGCCUGCCGGAGCUGCCCUCCUCUGUCCUGCACUGUCUGAAGGCCCUCAGCUCUCUGAACAUCAGCAGAAACAAGCUCAGCAGCUUCCCCGACCCCUGGGCCUGUCCUCUGAAAAUCUGCAAAGCUUCAAACAACCAGAUUGCGUUUCUUCCUGACACCAUCUCCAUCUUCUGGAAGACUCAUCUGAGGGAGGUGGACAUCUCCGAGAACGUCCUGAAGGAGCUGCCCUCGUACAUAUUUGAGCUGGAGGCCAUCGUCUCUCUGAAGUUGUGUGGGAACCAAAUCUCCACUCUGCCCGCUCUAAACAAAUGGAAAUGCUCUUGUCUGCGAACUCUAGACCUGUCCAGAAACCAACUGGGGAAGACGGGAGAGCCGACCAAAACCAGGAAGCUGGCCUUCUUCACUACGUGGCACAGACGGGACCCAGAGCCAGUUUGUCCCAUUCAGUUUCCUGUAAUCUUGCGGGAUUCUCUGGAAGUUCUCUUCCUGAAUGACAACCAGCUGGAGUGUGUGCCGCCGUCAGUGUGUGCCCUCAAGAACCUCUCCGAACUCUAUCUGUCCAAUAAUCCAGGUAUCCAGGAGCUUCCUAUUGAGCUCGGGCAGCUCUCCAACCUCUGGCAGCUGGACAUCGAAGACUUGAACAUCACCAACAUCCCCGCAGACGUCAGGAAAGAUGGUCCGGCUGCGGUUCUGGCGUAUCUGCGAGCGGAGCUGCGAGGAGCAGAGCCCUGCAGACUGCUGAAGCUGAUGGUGGUGGGUCCUCCGCGGCAGGGGAAGAGCGCUCUGCUGGAGGGGCUGCAGACCGGCAAACCCUCAUCCUUCAUCAGCACCGACCGCAGCAUCCACACGUCCAGCUGGGAUCUGGAGCGACCCGGAGGAGUGAAAUCUGCUCUUGAUUCAGUGUCCUUUAACGUGUGGGACAUUGGCGGCCCAGCCAGCAUGUCGACGGUGAACCAGUGUUUCUUCACAGAUAAGGCUCUGUAUAUGGUGAUCUGGAAUCUGGCUUUGGGAGAGGAAGCAGUGGCCAACCUGCAGUCCUGGCUGCUCAACAUCGAGGCUCGUGCUCCUAACUCUGCUGUCAUCGUCAUCGGGACACAUCUGGACCUCAUAGACACUAAGUUUCGCAUGGAGCGUGUCGCCACACUGAGGGCCUACAUCCUGGCACUUUGCAGAACGCCCUCGGGCGCGCGGGCCAGCGGAUACCCCGACAUCACCUUGAAACACCUACUUGAAGUGUCGUGUAAGACGCUGGAAGGCAUGGACGUACUCAAGAGGCUGUUGUUUCAGGUCGCUUGCUCCAUGAAAGACGUCAGCAACCCUGCUAGCUGUCACAAACUAGUGGGAAGACUGAUCCCCAAAAGUUACCUGACCCUGCGGGAGGCCAUAAAAGCAGAAUGUCUGAGGAGAGACGAAGCCGAUGAGGUUCAGUACCUGACGGACUCAGAACUGGAGCAGAUCAUCGAGCAGAGUCCCGCCAGCGAUAUCAAAGACUAUGAGGAUCUGCAAACCGCGAUCAGUUUCCUCAUCGAGACCGGCACUAUACUGCAUUUCUCCGACACCAGUCAUGGCCUGUGUAAGCUCUACUUCCUGGACGCCGUGUGGCUGUCCGAGUGUUUGGAGCGGAUCAUCAACCUGAGGGGCUCGCGCUCGGUCGCCCGUAAUGGGGUCAUCAAGGCCGAGGACCUGCGCAUGCUGCUGGUGGGCACCGGCUUCACCCAGCAAACAGAAGAACAGUACUUCCAGUUCCUGGCCAAGUUCGAGAUCGCUCUACCAGUCGCCAGCAGCAGUUAUUUGUUGCCCCACCUUUUGCCCCCCAAACCUGCCCUGGACAUCCACGGCUUUCGGCACCAGAGCAACAAUGCCAUCCAGCGGCAUUUCAAGAUGAGCUUCGUUCCUGCGGGAUUCUGGGAGCGUUUUAUAGCCAGGAUGCUAAUCAGUUUAAACCAGAUGGACGUGCAGGCAUUUGAGACCAAAAAGCCCACAAAGAACCAGAGGAGCCGCAGUACGGUGAUCUACAGCUUUGCGGGGAACCAGCAGCGCAAUCGCUGCAGCACCUUCCGCGUCCGGCGCAGUCAGACCAUCUACUGGAAAGAAGGGCUGCUAGUCACCUUUGACGGCGGAUAUCUGAGCGUCGAGUCGUCUGACCUGAACUGGAAGAAAAAGAAAAGCGGAGGCAUCAAGAUUAUCUGCCAGUCGGAGACGAGGGAUUUCUCAGCGAUGGCUUUCAUCACAGAUCACGUUAACGCUCUCAUAGAGCAGUGGUUUCCUGCGCUGACGGGCAGUGAGAGCGACGGCUCUCGUCUCAUUGAGCAGUACGCACCCUGUCCGUACUGCAGCUCCGGACCCCGAGUGUCCGACCCGCUGCCUCUGUCCCGCUCCAGUCACAGCACCGUCCACUACUUCAACAUGGAGGACUGCGUGCUGGCAGCCGUGGACAAGGAGCACAUCACCUGCCCCAACCACCCCAAACAGCCCGUCCCGCUACAGGAGCUGGUGCCCGAGCUCUUCAUGACCGACUUCCCUUCACGGUAUGAUAACAGUUCUCAGUUUGUGCCGCUGGGUCACAUGCUCACCUUCAAAGUGGCCUAUCAGAUCGUCACAGGCCUGGCGUAUCUGCACAAGAAGAACAUCAUCUUCUGUGACCUCAAGUCCGACAACAUCCUGGUGUGGUCUCUGGAGCUGGAGGACUCCGUCAACGUCAAGCUGUCCGACUACGGCAUCUCGCGGCAGUCCUUCCACGAAGGAGCGCUGGGGGUCGAGGGCACACCUGGCUACCAGGCUCCCGAGAUCCGGCCCGGCAUCGUCUAUGAUGAGAAGGUGGACAUGUUCUCGUACGGCAUGGUCCUGUAUGAGCUGCUGUCCGGCCGCAGACCGUGCAUGGGUCAGCACCAGCUGCAGAUCGCUAAGAAGCUGUCGAAAGGGCUCAGACCGGUGCUGGGCAGCCCAGAGGAGGUGCAGUUUCACUGCCUGCAGGCGCUGAUGCAGGAGUGCUGGGACACCAAACCAGAGAAGCGUCCCCUGGCCGCUCCUCUCAUGAGACAGAUGCAGGAUCCCAGUUUUGCUUGUCUGAGGUACCUGCUGCCCUGCCAGGAACACAGCCAGCUCUUCUUGUCUCCGCUGCAGGGACACAACGCCGUCUUCUGGGAUGGAGACAAAGACGACAGGAAUUACACGGUGGUAAACUUGGCCAAGGGGCAGGUGGAGGUGAAGCGGAUGCCGUGUCCGGGAACACGUCUGAGCUGCCAAAUGAAGAUGGAGAACAGUUUGUGGACAGCCACUGAGGAACAGGAAGUCUUUAUCUACAGCCUGAAAGAGAUGUGCCCCUUGAGUCACCCGCAGAAACUGCUCUCCUGUCCGGCUGUGGUAACCUGUCUCUUUUUACUGCCCGCCAGGAAAGAGUCUCUCCCGCAGGUGUUUGCUGGCAUGUCUGACGGUCUCGUGGUGGUUUACUCUCUGGUGGACGACAUGCCCGUGGAGGGGGAGACUUACAUCUGCUCGCACACGAUCAACAAGCAUCUACUGAACAUGGAGGACUCGGACCCUCGGCAGCGUCCGUAUGCCGUGCGCAGCAUCGUGCCGGUGUGCACCGGGUCAGAGGUGUGGUACAGCAACGGCCCCGGCGUGCUGGUCAUCGACAGCCUGACGCUCCAGCCCAUCCGCCGCCUCGAGCCGUAUCUGCCGCCGUCCUGUGUGCGCUGUAUGGUCUCGUCCGCCAGCUGCUGGAGCGACGAGGCCGUCUGGUGUCUGGACGAUCACACCAACACGCUCCUCAUGUAUCACGCCACCAGCUACCAGAUCUGCGCUACGUACAACUGCAGCGACGCCAACCCGCUGCGGGACGUUUUCCCCGUGCAGAGGCCGGCUGGGGUCGUGACCCCUGUGACCCCUGAUCCUGACAUCGACGAAGAGUCUCUUCCGGCCGCCCUGGAGCCACUGAAGGUAACGGUCACGCACCACGAGGGCGCAGGAACGCAGAUCCUGUGCCAGCAGGACUCUCUGGAUUACUGCUCCAUGACGUCCUCCGGCUUCAGCUCGGAGCAGCUGGAUCAGAUCGGCCAUUUCCCUCACGUGGAGCGCUCCAGCUCGGGAGCCCUCAGCUCUCUGACCAGCUCCAGCAGCAUGCUUUUAUCCACGGACUUCGAGGAGGCGGACAGACCGCCAGACGAGCCGGUUUCAGCGGAAGCACUUCCAUCCAGGAGCGCAACAGAUCCAGAACUGGCGGCUCAAAGCCACAUACCAGCGCAGCUGAAGGCCUUGAACAUCAUUCCUGUCAACAGCACCAUCUGGGUGCCUAGGUGUGGAGGAGACAUCAUGGUGAUCGAGGUGCAGGAGCAGGCGGGUGCGCUCAGGGGUCGUGUGAUCGCCGUGUUGACGCCGCCUGGAGUGUCCGAGUACGGGACUCUGGCGGAGGCGGCGCUCGUCGCAAAGGACACCGUUGUGUGCGGCUUCCGUAAAGAAAACAUGGCCUGGUGCCUGGCUGUCUGGAGGAGCUGGGGAGGCCGCGAGCUCGAGCUCUUCUACCAGGGAUACGAGGAGCUCGGCCGCUUGGAGAGCAGUCUGAGGAAAAGGAGGUAGCUGUGUAAACGCGUGUGUGUGUGUGUGUGUGUGAGACGGAGAGCACAGAUACAGGUGUUGAGCGUGGUUACGGGACCAACUGGAGGGAAUAAACACACGUACUGUAUAUGGACUUGAGGAAAUAUAAUCCUGCAGGACUUGGCCACAUACACAUUUCAUAUAUAUAUAUAUAUAUAAACACAAGCAGAUUGAAUGCCACACAUGCCGGAUGCAUAAACAUAUAUAUUCAGCCUCAAGCGUUUGGAAGUGCGUUGAUAUAUGAGUACAUUUACAUUUGUGUUCCCAGAAUGCAUCAGAAUUCACGAAACUAAGGGGUUUUGCAUUCAUGAACCUGUGUGUGUGUAUGUGUGUGUUUAAAUGGCAAGAAAGAGAUUUAUGAGGUGUGAUGCCGGUUAUUUGACUUGAUCAACGUUGUCUCAAGUUAAUCAGCAAACUAGAUGUGCCUUUGAUGAAGGAUGUGCUGUUUUAGACCCACGAUAAGACGAGAAUCAAUGAAACCGCUUGGGAAGCUCCGCCCACACAGUGAGGUCAUAAUGGAGUGGAACAGUUCCGGAAGUAUUUUUCCCAUUCAUUUUUUCCCAUAGGGAUUUUAAAACGUCU